UGCCGCCACAACGGCUGGGGCAGGCACAACUGCGGCCACAGGGAAGACGCCAGUGUCAUCUGUGCAGGUAGGUGGGUGCAGCUGCGUCUGGUGGGCGGCAGCAACGAGUGCGAAGGCCGCGUGGAGGUGUUUGACGGCAGCGGCUGGGGCACGGUGUGCGACGACGCCUGGGGCAUGAGCGACGCCCACGUGGUGUGCAGGCAGCUGGGCUGCGGCCRCGCUAGGGCAGCGCUGGGAAACGCUCGCUUCGGGCCCGGCUCCGGGCCAAUCCUCCUGGACAACGUGCAGUGUGGAGGCUACGAGUCCUCCCUGCAGCAGUGCCGCCACAACGGCUGGGGCAGGCACAACUGUGUCCAUGGGGAAGAUGCCGGUGUCAUCUGUGCAGGUAUUAACCCAAGCACCCCUCCAUCAGYGCCAUACUCAACAGACUACAUGCGUGCUGUGAUUAGCAGAGACUAUCUCCAGUCACAAGGCUAUUCUGUGCAGAGUCUCACCAUGAGCGAUACUCGCUGUAGACCAACAGUCACAUCACAGGAGGUUAUAUUCAACGUUCCCUACAACGACUGUGGGACAGUACGACAGCCAGUGUACGACUCUCCAUACUACAUUGACUUGAACCAAAAUGUGUUCCUUCAAGCUUAUCUUCACAGCUCUGACAAAGAUCUUAUGUUGUUUGUGGACACAUGUGUGGCAUCACCGGAUCCUUAUGAUUUUAACACUCUGGUCUAUUAUAUAAUCAAAAAUGGAUGUGCUAGAGAUUCUUCUUUUUCCACGUUCUACUCCCCCUACAAAUAUCUUGCCCGUUUCAAGUUUAAUGCCUUUGAGUUUAUUAAGCGCCACACAUCAGUCUAUAUGAAGUGUGAACUGGACGUGUGUAGGCUAAGAGACUAUUCCUCUCGCUGCUACCAAGGCUGCAUGAAUAGGUCSAAGAGAGACCUGAGUUCUGCCCAGGAAAAAGUGGAUGUUGUUGUUGGACCUCUUCAACUUCGAGAAGAUAGUGCUAAGGGAAAGAGUACUGGAGCCUCGUGCUCCACUCGCACCAGGACGGAGGGCCUGGCCAGGGCCCUGGCACCAAAGCCCUCGCUUCCUCCUGCCCCAGAGCCGCAGCUGAGGCUGGCGGACGGGCCGGACAGGUGCCAGGGCUGCGUGGAGGUGCUGCACGGCGGCGCAUGGGGCACGGUGUGUGACGACUCGUGGGACACGGCCGACGGCGCCGUGGUGUGCGGCCAGCUGGGCUGCGGCAGGGCCAUGGCGGCGCCGGGCCGGGCCCACUUCGGCCAGGGCACCGGGGCCAUUCUGCUGGAAGAGGUGCAGUGCUGUGGCAACGAGGCCUCCCUCUGGCACUGCCCUCACAACGGCUGGGCCGUCUGCGACUGUCAGCACCACGAGGACGCCGCMGUCAUCUGCACAGGUGACGCCGAGUUCUCUCUGAGGCUGGUGAAUGGCCACCACCACUGCGAGGGCCGUGUUGAAAUCUACUACGAGGGCAGCUGGGGAACGGUCUGCGACGACUCCUGGGACCUGACGGAUGCCCAGGUUGUCUGCAACCAGUUGGGCUGUGGCCAGGCGGUUUCUGCCCCUGGAAAUGCCAAUUUUAGCCAAGGCUCAGGCAGAAUCCUGCUUGAUGACGUGCACUGCAGGGGGAAYGAGGCUCACGUCUGGGAGUGCCCCAGCAGAGGAUGGCUGGUGCACAACUGUGUGCACGUGGAGGACGCCAGYGCCGUUUGCUCAGCAAGUGCAGUGUGGCGGCAACCAGCAGGAAACACGAAAGGUGGAGGCAACUUGGAUCUAAAGUCAGCAGGAGAUCCGCCACAAUUGCGACUGGUACAAGGAGGGGACAGAUGUGCUGGGAGAGUUGAAGUUUACUACAGAGGAGAAUGGGGGACAGUGUGCGAUGACUCCUUUGAUACRAACAAUGCCCAAGUUGUAUGCAGACAACUGGAUUGUGGCCAACCCAUUUCUGUCCUGGGGUGGUCUUACUUUGGCCCUGGUGAAGGAAAUAUCCUCCUGGAUGAUGUGCAGUGUACAGGACAGGAAUCUUACCUGUGGGACUGCCAGCAUCUCCCCUGGUAUGAAAACAACUGUAGGCACAACGAAGACAUCGGUGUCAUCUGUUCAGACAUGGCCCUGCGCCUGGUGGGCGGCGACGGCCCCUGCUUGGGGCGCCUCGAGCUCUUCCACAACGGCACCUGGGGCACCGUGUGCGACGACGGCUUUGACCUGAGGGACGCCGCCGUGGCGUGCAGGCAGAUGGGCUGCGGGGACGUCAUCUCCGUCCAGGGCAGCGCCCUCUUUGGCGAAGGCACCGGCCCUGUGCUCCUCGACGAGCUCGCCUGCACGGGGGACGAGGCGGCGCUCGCGCAGUGCUCUCACCAAGGCCUCGGCAUCCACGACUGCCGCCACAAGGAAGACGCYGGYGUYGUCUGCGCAGUCCCCGAGUCGUCGACCUCAUCUACCACAACAG